CUGCUUCUCCUUGUUUAUUGCUGAUGCUUUGAGAUAGAGAGAGAAUGGCGGUCGCAACUUCAAGUGUGAUAUCGCCAUGGCAAGCGACUCUUCAGCAUUAUAAUAAUAGGUUUUAUCUCAAAGAUCAUCCGUCUCCGUGUCACUCUAAUCCUAUCUGCAAUACUUUUAAUUUCAAAAGACGUAUUCUUUCUUCUUCCAAAUUUAACGACCAUGUCGUUACCGAUUCUUCCUCCUCCAAGCUUUCUCCAAUUGAAACCCAUUUCUCAAUCUCUGGGUGUGGAUGCUCGUGGAUUCAGGACAAUUCAAUGGUUCAUGAUUCAGCUACAAGUAAUGGGACGUGGAAAAGAUGCUCGGCGUUGCCAGCAAAAACAGUGGAUGUCUCUUCAGUGUCAGAUCUUUUUGAAUUCAUAUGCUCGGGUCCUCUUGUAGACAAGAUUGGCAUUACUCCUGAAAAAGUUGGCCAGUCCAUUGACAAAUGGUUACUUUAUGGCUCACAACUCUGCAGACUCUUUCAGCUUAAUGAGCUUAAGCUCACCAUUCCUCAGAAAGCUAGGCUUUACCAUUACUACAUACCCGUCUUUGUAUGGUGUGAUGAUCAGAUUGCUUUGCAUAACUCCAACUUCCAAGAUGGAGACGAUGUGCCUCCAUUAGUGAUUGGAUUUAGCGCGCCACAAGGAUGUGGCAAGACUACACUUGUGUUUGCACUUGAUUAUCUUUUCAAAACUACAAAAAGGAAGUCGGCGACAAUAUCUAUAGACGACUUUUACUUGACUGCACAAGGCCAGGCUAAAUUGAGAGAAGAGAAUCCAGGAAAUGCACUUCUAGAGUAUCGUGGAAAUGCAGGAAGCCAUGAUCUUCCAUUCUCUGUCGAAACACUAGAAGCCCUGACUAAACUGACCAAGGACGGGAUGAAGAUGAAAGUUCCUCGGUACGAUAAGUCUGCAUAUAGCGGGAGGGGUGACAGAGCCGAUGCAACAACAUGGCCUGAAGUUGAAGGACCUCUAAAGGUUAUUCUCUUUGAGGGAUGGAUGCUUGGUUUUAAAUCUCUUCCGGCUGAAGUCGUUAAGGCAGUGGAUCCGCAGCUGGAGACUGUGAAUAAGAACCUUGAAGCGUAUUACGACGCAUGGGACAAGUACAUCAAUGCUUGGGUCGUCAUCAAAAUCAAAGACCCAAGUUAUGUCUACCGGUGGCGUCUUCAGGUUUGUAUAUCUGUUAACAAACAAAAACUAACAGCUUUCGCUGCGUUUUUAUACAAACACGAUCAUGUUUGCUUUGGUUUUGGGCAGGCGGAAAUCGCCAUGAGGCAGGCUGGCAAAGCCGGGAUGUCAGAUGAUGAGGUGAAUGACUUUGUGUCCCGGUAUCUGCCGGCAUACAAGGCCUAUCUUCCGACCCUUUACGCGGAAGGACCAAGCGGCUCGGACCCAGACCGUGUCCUUGCGAUAGAUAUCGAUGAAGAAAGGAACCCGAUUCUCGCAAACUAAUGAGCUGUUUUUUUCAACGUAUUUCUCUUUGUAUGUAAAAAGAGAGUAACACUACAUCACACGUGUUCUUCCUUCCAUCCUUUGACAUGCUAUUUGUUACAUUGCUGCAUAUGCACAUAUGUUUUUCCAUGAUUUUUUUUUUUAAUUAUUUACUGUUUCAUAAAUAAAUAAAUCUAAUGAAGCAGCAAAAUCUUGUCCGUCUU